AUAAUUUCAAACUUUUAAAGGGUUGAGUCAAAUACUGCACGCUGUCUAUAUAAGCAGAGUAGAGAUUGAGGAGGCCCUCAGAAUAUCGAAUUAGCGAAAAGAGGAUAGCAAAAGGAGAGAAAACUGAAGAAAACAAUGGAGGCUGCUUCCGGAAAAUCUAAUAGCCAUGGAGGAUCAGAAAUGGAAGAGGAAAGAAUAGUACUUGAAUCUAGUAGUAUCGCUGAUGAUCAAGAAGCUGGUUACAAAGAAGACAUAAUUGUUCUCAAAAUGUCGACCACAAGUAAUAUAAAGGGGUCCUCGGCGGAACCUGAUCAUUCAGUGGCAUCUACUUCAUCAAGCCUAAAGGAACAGGAUUAUCAGCUUGAAUCUGCUAGAGCGGAAAUGGGUGAAGUUAGAGAAGAAAACCAAAGGCUGAAGAAGUACUUGGACCGGAUAACGGAGGACUACCAGACACUUCAAAUGCAGUUCUAUGACAUUCAACAAAAAGCAAACAAGUCCAAGGACAUUGCAAUUCCAAGUACUAUUAAGAAAUAUAACCAAGACGAGGAAUCCGAGCUUGUGUCACUCAGCCUCGGAUCAUUUUCUGGAAAACCUAAAUGGAAUCAAAAGAAUGAUAAAAACCCUAGCACUAGUCAAGGGAAUGUAGAAAAUGAGUCAGAUGGAGAGAGCUUGUCAUUGGGGCUAGACUGCAAAUAUGAAUUAGCAGCUAAAUCAAGUGCCACAACUGAUCAAGUGCCCUUGGCAAAUCCAAGCCCUGGAAGCAGCCUUGAAGAAGUGCCCAAGGAAGAAGCUGGUAAGACUUGGCAACCAAAAAAAGUUCUCAAGACAAUAAGAUCAAGUGCUAUAGAAGAUGAAGUUGCGCAACAGAGCCCAGCCAAGAAAGCUAGGGUUUCAGUGAGAGCCAGAUGUGACACCCCAACGAUGAAUGAUGGAUGCCAAUGGAGGAAAUAUGGGCAAAAGAUUGCAAAAGGAAAUCCAUGCCCUCGUGCUUACUACCGUUGCACCAUUGCACCUUCGUGUCCAGUAAGAAAACAGGUACAAAGGUUUGCAGAGGACAUAUCCAUCUUAAUCACCACCUAUGAAGGAACACACAAUCACCCACUUCCGAUGUCAGCCACAGCUAUGGCUUCCACUACCUCUGCCGCUGCUUCCAUGGUAUUAUCCGGUUCAUCAUCUUCAAGCUCUGGCAGCCUGAACCCAUCAACUACCGCUGCGCACGAUCUUCAUGGUUACAAUUUCUACCUUUCUGAUAACUCAAAAUCCAGAUUCUACACACCCAACUCUUCACUCUCAUCUUCUCUCCCAACAAUCACCUUAGACCUCACUUCAAACCCUUCAUCAACAUCCAAUUCCUUGUCCCAUCUCAACAAAUUCUCUUCUUCAUCAAGUUCUUCCCGUCAACUUUACCCUUCCACCAGCCACAACUUUGGAUCAAAUUCUGAGUCCAACACCAACAUUUCUUGGAGGACCCCCUUACCUCCAUAUAAUAUCAGUAACAAGAAUCAAAUUGCACCACUAAGUAGUCUUGGAAUCAGGCAGCAGCCCCUGCAAAACAGCAUGUACCAAAACUACAUGCAGAAGAAUAUUAACCCUAACCCUAAUCCCCAUCAAGGAGUUCCGCAUCAGUUUCGACCAGACUCUAUUGCAGCUGCAACCAAGGCAAUCACAGCUGACCCUAGUUUCCAAUCCGCCUUAGCCGCCGCCCUUACAUCAAUCAUUGGCAACAACAGUACUGUUGGGACAACUGGCAUUACUGGAACCCUAGGUCAUCUUAAGCAAGCAGAUGGUGGAGACAGUAGUAUCAGUUUGGCUCAGAAAUUCAAAUGGAGUGACCACUUUCCAGUAAGUACUACUGCUUUCUCCAUUCCUUCAGUCACAGAUAGGGAAUAACAGUAGCAUUGGAUGUGCAUCAAGCUAUUUGAACAAAACAACUCCCAGCGAAUUCGCAGCUCGGGAGCUUGAUGUUUCUGCCACCUUCAUUGCCAUUUUCAAGUGCCCCCAAGUGUGCAUCUACAUGAUACUAGAGACCACAAGAGUUUAUAGUUUUUUAAUUGAAUAAUAAUGU